UAGCAAACCCCAGGCUUCUGCGCUGAGGACGCUCAGGGCCUUCUGGCUUGCUGGGCGAGGAAAUCGGGCCGGUCCCUUUAAGAGGAUUUUUCGCUGCCUGGCACUGCUGCCUGCCUGGGCAGCCCAUCCUGCCGCCCCGACAGGCAGAAGCAGCAGCAGGGACAAAGCUGGCGGAGAGGGGCACAGCCGGGCCCGGGGGGCUGCUAGCCACUGCUGGGCUAGGGGUUUAGAGCAACCCUCCCGCCCUGCCCAGCCCAGCCCAGCCCAGCCCAGCCCAGCCCAGCCCUGCGGAGCGAUGGGGAGGAGACCCCGGCUGGGGACCCGCGGGGGCAGCGCCCAGCCUGGGUCCCGGCGCUGAGGACCGUCCGGCUGCCGCCGAGCCGCUCCCUGCCCGGCCCGGCCCGGCGCCGGCCCCCGGCCCCCGCCGCGGGCAUCGCCCCUUUGUCUGCGGAGGAGGGAGAGGCGGAGGGCGCUGCGGCGGAGGCACGGCCGCAGCCGGCGGAGAGAGGAGCUGCCGCGCCCGCAGCCUGCCAGAGCAGCAGGAUGGCAGAGAAGGGUAUGGAUCCUGCAUGUGUCUCCAUUGCCCUGGAGGACACAGUGUGCCACGCCAGCCCCCCAGAUGCCCCGCUCCUCACCACCCAUUUGAAGAAGGUGGAGAACCACAUCACAGAGGCCCAGAGGUUUUCCCACCUCCCGAAGCGCUCGGCUGUCAACAUUGAGUUCAUCGACCUGUCCUACUCUGUGCGGGAAGGCUCCUGGUGGAGGAAGAGAGGGUACAAGACUCUCCUCAAAUGCCUGUCAGGGAAGUUCUGCCAGCGGGAGCUCAUUGGGAUCAUGGGGCCCUCAGGUGCUGGGAAGUCCACACUCAUGAACAUCCUGGCUGGCUACAGGGAGACUGGCAUGAAGGGGCAGAUCCUGGUGAAUGGCCGGCCACGGGAUCUGCGUACCUUCCGCAAGAUGUCCUGCUACAUCAUGCAGGAUGACAUGCUCCUGCCGCACCUCACUGUGCUGGAGGCUAUGAUGGUCUCCGCUAACCUGAAGCUGAGUGAGAAGCAGGAGGUGAAGAAGGAGCUGGUGAACGAGAUCCUGACGGCUCUGGGGCUGCUGGAGUGCUCCUACACCCGCACCAUCUCGCUGUCAGGGGGGCAGCGCAAGCGCCUGGCUAUUGCCCUGGAGCUGGUGAACAACCCUCCGGUCAUGUUCUUCGAUGAGCCCACGAGCGGUCUGGACAGUGCCUCCUGCUUCCAAGUGGUUUCCCUGAUGCGGUCCCUGGCACAGGGUGGGCGCACCAUCAUUUGCACCAUCCAUCAGCCCAGCGCCAAGCUUUUUGAGAUGUUCGACAAGCUGUACAUCCUGAGCCAGGGCCAGUGCAUCUUCAAAGGCGUCGUGACCAACCUCAUCCCGUACCUGAAGGGUCUCGGCCUCCACUGCCCCACGUACCACAACCCUGCUGAUUUCAUUAUCGAGGUGGCCUCAGGAGAGUAUGGGGACCUCAACCCCGUCCUGUUCCGUGCUGUCCAGAAUGGCAUGUGCACCAUGGCCGAGAAGAAGAGCAGCCCCAACAAGGCAGAUCCAUCAUGCCCGGCACACUGUGUGACGGACGUGGACCACAUCGAGAGCCACACGUUUGCCACCAGCACUUCAACCCAGUUCUGCAUCCUCUUCAAGAGAACCUUUAUCUGCAUCCUAAGGGACACGGUGCUGACCCACCUGCGGUUCAUGUCCCACAUCUGCAUUGGGGUGCUGAUUGGGCUGCUCUAUCUGCACAUUGGCAACGAUGCGGGCAAAGUCUUCAACAACACCGGCUUUCUCUUCUUCUCCAUGCUCUUCCUCAUGUUUGCUGCGCUGAUGCCCACCAUCCUCACCUUCCCCCAGGAGAUGUCUGUAUUCCUGCGGGAGCACUUGAACUACUGGUACAGCCUGAAAGCCUAUUAUCUGGCAAAGACCAUGGCGGAUGUGCCCUUCCAGGUGAUCUGCCCCAUUGCGUACUGCAGCAUUGUGUACUGGAUGACGGGCCAGCCACCCGAAGCCACGCGCUUCCUCCUCUUCUCUGCCCUGGCCACUGCCACAGCCCUGGUGGCCCAGUCCCUCGGGCUUCUCAUCGGAGCUGCAUCUACUUCCCUACAGGUGGCCACCUUUGUGGGACCCGUCACUGCUAUCCCUGUCCUGCUCUUCUCGGGCUUCUUCGUCAGCUUCAAGACCAUCCCCACCUACCUGCAGUGGAGCUCCUACGUCUCCUAUGUCAGGUAUGGCUUUGAGGGAGUCAUUCUCACCAUCUAUGCUAUGGAGCGUGAGGACCUGGAGUGCCUCGAGGACUUCUGCCCUUUCCAAAAACCCAUCAAGAUCCUGCAGGAGCUGGACGUGGAGGAGGCUAAACUGUACCUGGACUUCCUCAUCCUGGGCAUCUUCUUCAUCAUCCUGCGGCUCCUGGCUUACCUGGUCCUCAGGUACAAAGUCAAGUCAGAGAGAUAAAGGGGAUGCGGUGCCAUUCCUGGGCCUGGCCUGCUGUGAGAGACAGUUCUGCAGAUGGACAGAGAGCAGGUCAUGGACUGUGCCGGAGGUGUCAGUAGGUGCCAGCCAGGCCUGGCUCAGUCAAGAAGGGUUUGAGACAUCUCGGAACUGUUUUAACCUUUCCACACACUCUUCAUUGCAAAAGUUUUUUACAGCCCUGGCAUGUGCCACCCUCUCCCCCAGGACUGCCAAACCCCACAGAGCUUGGACUCCCUCUUGUCACCCCUGCCCGGCACUGCCCUUCUCUGCCAAACACAUUGGGACACCAAGGACAGUCCCGUGGAGGCAGCUGUCUGCUGAUCAAGGUCGACAGGAGCCCGCUCUGGGCAGGAGGCCAGCAGCGCCGUGGAGCUGAUCCUAGGGCUGAAGGUGGGAGGAGACGCCUGCAGAGCAUGGAUCAGUAGCACAGCACACAUAGCCCCAUUGCUCGCUCUGGCCAGCAGCGUGUGUGUCAGUGCGAAGAAGAGCCCAGAGAUGCAAUAGGUCAAGUUGCACAAGGCUUUAGUGUUUCCUGUUCCUAUAGCCACAGAAAUUGCUGCAUCCCCUUUUUCUUUCUGCGUAAAUCCCCUCUUUCUUUUUUUUUCUUUUUUCUUUUCUUUCUUUUUUUUUUUAUAAACCCCACUGCUUCCCAGUCUGCAUAGAGGGGAAAGGGAGCCAGCAGGCAGAGAAGGACUUGGGGCUCUGUCUCAGCUUUCUGCUCAGAUGCCAUGCUCAGAGAUGAGAUCUUCAAAGCUGGGGAUGUGGCAGGGUCUGUGGGAAUGGGACAGUAUUCUCAGACCUUAGGGAGUUUCACGUUCAGUCCCUGUUGUCUUUGGGGUUUGAGCCAAGAGGAUAAAAUCAACCCAUGUGGAGAGAAGUGACUGGUCCCUUCAAGUGCCACAUGGAAUGGGGAGGAUUUAACGUUCCCACACCCUGCCAGCACCAGGCAGCUGAAAAACAGGGCUGUGCUCAGCUGUGCCACUGCUAGAGCCUCUACUGCAGGAGAAGAGCUGGCCCUGAGCCCUCCCCUUGCACCGUCUUGCUUCUCACUCCUCUUCCUCCGGCAGAGCUGUGGCUGUCUCAGCAGAACAGGGAGGACAAGCCUCGCUCAGCACUGGCUGUGCAAGGGGGGGAAUGCCAGCACCAGGGACGCCCGGCCUCAACACAGUGCAAACCUCCCGCGGUAACACUGUGCAGAAGGGGGUCCCAGCAGUGCCAGAAGUGGAAAGCAGGUGAGAUCUCGGAGCGGUUUGUUUGCAUUGCGUGACCCUGACACUGGGAAGGGCUUUGCACUUUGUGACUGGUAUCAGGAAAAGGUCUCUUUUGACAAGUGUCUCUGGUGGCUCCUCCAAAGUCACCUGCCUCUCCACACACCUUGCAGAGGGAAGGCAUUUUGACACCUUGCUGGCUUUCUAAAGGAACAGAGCUGACACCAGAGCUCGCAGGGCAUCUGCACAUGCUGUAUGUUGUUCCCGGCACAGCACGCUGCUUAGCCACAUAGCACAGGCCUGUCUCUGUGGGUGUGCUGGCACUGGUGUCACCAGGCUGCACUGGUCACCCACCCAUGUGGGAACCCAUUGCUUUUUAGUGAGCAUGGACAUGGGGAAGGCAGCCCUACCCCAUCCUGGCAUGCUGGGACCUGGUUCAAGAGCAGUCUGUGAGAUGCUGCUGCCGGCACUCUGAGCAGCAGGGGAUUGCAAUGCAAAUGCCAGAUUUCAGCACAAUCCUUGAGACUGUUCUUUGCUUUUACUGGCUCAUGUUGGGACUGCUCCACACAGCAGGAUCUGGCUGGCCUGCAGAUGGAUGGCAGACGUGUGGCAGCACUGAUGCUGGGUGCUCAGCAAGGUCAGGUUUCCCCUGCUUGGACAGCAUUGCUGAGAGGAACUUGUAGCCAUGGGGCUCUCCUGCACAGAGGGUUUGGAAAGAGGGCACGCCCUGAUGCCCUUUCCAUGUUGAGCACUGGGGUUUUCCCAGGGGCUCUUGUCUGACUUACCGCUGUCCCUCACAAAAAUCCCCUCCGCUCCUGGAUCUUCAUUCACUGACAGCCCUGUGCCAUGCCCUGCGAUGGACUCAUGCUGGCUUGGGGGGCUGCAGUCUCCUGGGUGUGACACUGCCAGCUGCAGAGUGGGGAGUGGUCCCCAUGUCUGCUCCGUCACCAGGUGUAUGGAGGGGCAGGGAGCCAGGGGAGUGGUGGAGCUGCAGCCUCUCACCCUUCUCCAUCUCACUCUCUGUGGGGCUGAUGGGACCAGUGCCCCACUUCUCUCCUGCUCUUGGGCUGUGGCUAGUUAAGCCUUGUCCAGCGCAGGGUGCGCACUGCUGGGCUGACAGUUUUCCCCUGGAUGGAUACCAAGUCAGCAGGAGAUGCCAGUGGUGCAGCUUUGCACAGUUCCUGCCUCCCACCUGAUACCUAGCAGCGGGGGCUCUCGUGGUGGGUCCUGCCUCCUGCACGCUGGAGGCACUGCUGUCCCCAGCACUGUGUCCUGCUGCUGUCUGCACCCAGCACAUCGUGCCUCCUGGGCCACCCCUGUGCCAUCCUAGCCGGCGCCACCACCACUCCCAGAAGGACCAGGAUGAGAAGAAUUAGCGAUGGCCCAUGUGUGGAGCAGAGGGGGGUACCAGCAGGUGCCUGUGACUGCCACUGCCCAUGUCCCCUACGCAACAGAAGCCUUCACUGGCCAGUCUCUGCUGAUUGCGGAGAAACCCCAUGGGACAGGCUGCCUGAGUUCAGUGUGGCCAGAAGGAGACUGCCGGGGCAGGCAGCUCCACAGGUGGCUGCUCAGACCAGCCUGCCCAGGAUGGGGCAGUUGGCAGCACCCCCAGGAUCUCCAGGACAAUUCAGCACAGUCCAGGCCUCCUGUGCUGGUGAGUGCACGGGUUGCAGAGUCACAGCUGACCAGAUAUGUGGCCACUGCAGGGCAGAGGGCCAGGACGAGCUCUGGAGAUGGGCAAGGGUGCUGGGGAGUGUGGGUCAUGGGGGAGGCACCCCUCAUCCCUAGGGCUGCUAGGGCAGCAGGAGGCCUGAGGUGCCCUGCAGAAGGGCACUGGCAUUCCCAGCAGAGCUGGCAAGUGAACGUGUUGGUACAAAGGGGCUGUGAUGAGCAAGGGAUUUGGGCACCCCAUGGCGCAGAGGCAAAUGGUGCCCAAGGAGCGAACUGAGCUGAGGUGCCAGAAGGGGGCCAUCCAUUGCCCCUUCCCUCCCAGUGAGGACAAUCCCAGAGACGGUGGAAUGCCCAGAGAAAUGCAAAGGGACCGAGCUUGUUUGCACUGAGCCCCGCAGGCUGGCAUGGCUGGGCCAAGCACUCUGGAUUUAUUGCCCCUCUGCUGCCUGGGUGGCUGCCUGUCCUGCAGGACAAAGGGGUUGUCUCUGCUCUGGCAUGGCAGAGGGAUGGGGUGCAGCUGCCCUGCUCUGGGGGGGCCUUAGUGGAGGAACGCUGGACCGCUCCAGCCCACUGUCUAGCAAGCAUCUCUCCGGGAUGGUCUUUUCAGGGCAAGAUAGGCACCGAGCCGGGCUAUGGCUGGACCCCUUGGCAAUAACACUGGUCGUUUUGUGGUGUGGGGCUGGGCGUGCACAGGCUGGGUCUUGCCUUGUCCUGAGUAGGUGGGAAGCACCGACGUGCUGGGCUGGCAUGCAGCAGCGAGGAUGCACUUUAUCAAAGCAGGGGAGCGGGGCUGUGGGUGCUUCUGUCUGCCAGAAUCUCACCAGGGAACGUGUCUGGAUAAUCAUGAGGAGUGUGAUGGAGGAGAGCAGGCUUCUUCCCCCACACCUCCUCUCCCCUCCGGCACGCUGCCUUCCCUUCCAAUGCACUUUGAAUGGAUGACAACGUGGUUCAGGCCAUGGCUCCAGCUCCCUGGGAGCACCGGUUGAACCUCAACCCAUCUAAAACUGCUUCAGCCCCUUAGCCUGUCUCCUUCAGCCCACAGGCAUGGCUGUAUCAGGUACUGCCUCUCCCACAUGUGUGCUGUGAAUGCAGGCAGGCAAGCAGGGUUAUGGGCUCUCACCUCCACGCAUGUCCAGGCCACCCUUUGUCACACGCACAAGAAAAGCCAAAUGCGUCAUCACCCGGCUGGUGCUAGGGUUUGCUGGAGGGGAGACUGGGCAAGUGCACGGAGUGGAUGGGGCUUCUCCCAGGAUUUCACCUCUCUCAAAUUGGGCAAUAAAACAGUGUUUCAUCCACACCAAUUGUCCUGUCCCUCUGCCACGGGAGCUCCUGGUGCCAUAGGCAGCUUUGCGUGUGUCCCUGCCACGCUGGACCCGGUGGUUUUCCAGCCUUUGCCUUGUCUGCAUGUGCAGAAGAGGUUGUACAGUGGGCUGCACGUGUGAUACAGCGUGGGGGUGGACCAUGCAGAGAGUUGCAUGUGUGGAAACCUGUGCUCCCACACAACCAGAGGUGAGCUGCUUUUUUCCUGGGACCAUUUGCCAAAAUAAGAUGCAGAUAGCAGCUCAAAGGGAGUCUGCUCUCGCAGCCGUAGCUCUGCUGUGGUAGCCAUGUGUGGGUGGCAUUUGCCUGGGUCCUUCUGCCUUGCUGGGGGAAGGAUGCAAGUGGGGCCAGGGCACCACUGCCUGCAGCUGCAGCCUGGCAGGAACCAGGCAGGGUAGAGGUGAGCCCCUGGGUUCUGGGGGGAGCACGGGGCUGCUGGCAGGGCCCUGCUGUCUCUACAGGCUGUGCCACACAUGCAGGUAAGUGGCUCACAGGGACAGGGUGUCCAGGUCCCUGCUUGCUGCUGGUGCUCCGGAGGGCCUCAGGAGCUGUUGAGCAGGUGAAGAUGUUGCGGCUUAUUUCAGUCUUUCUGAGAUGCCAGCUGUACUUGUUGGAUUUCACACAUCAAUAAAACUUAUAUUUAUAGUGUA